UCUCAGCCCAGCAACAGCACUCCAAACACAGAAAUUCGAACCGCAUCACACCACCCACAAUGCGCCCACAAGCCCCCACAAGAGCAGCACGCUCACUCCAAAAAUGCCUCUUCCGCCCCGCCAAAUCCACGCAAUUCCGCACACAACCCACCCGCGCCUUCACAGCCCACCCACCAACCCACCACAACCCGUCCCCCUCAACCGUCGACGCCACAGAAGUCUCGCACUUCAACGCCCUAGCCUCCAGCUGGUGGGACCCACACGGCUCCUCACGACUCCUGCACCUCAUGAACCCCCUCCGCCACACCUUCAUCACACGCUGCCUAUCCACCUCCCCGCCCGCCUCCCACACCCUACGCAUCCUCGACGUCGGCUGCGGCGGCGGCAUCUUCGCGGAAUCCGCCGCGCGCCUCCCAACCACCCGCGCCGUAACCGCCAUCGACCCCUCCCCCGGCGUGCUGAGCAUCGCAGAAGCACACAAGCGGCGCGACCCCGCGCUCAUGGCACCCGGCCGCCUGACUUACGUCAACACGUCGAUUGAAGACCUCCCUCUACCGGCGAAACCCGCAGACGCGUUUGACGUCGUAACGCUAUUCGAGGUCCUGGAGCAUGUACACGCCCCAGGCCCGUUUCUGACGCACUUACUCCCUCAUGUGAAGCCCGGGGGGUGGCUGGUUAUGAGCACGAUUGCGCGCACGUGGACGAGCUGGGUUGUGACGAAUUUGGUGGCCGAGGAUGUGUUGGGGAUUGUGCCCAAGGGGACGCAUGAGUGGGGGAAGUAUGUUAAUGCGGGGGAGCUGAGGGCGUGGUUCGGGAAGCAGGAUGGGUGGGGCGAGGUGCGGGUCCAGGGCGUGGUGUAUGUGCCUGGGUUUGGGUGGAGGGAGGUGAGGGGGAGUGAGGAGUGGGGGAAUUACUUUUUGGCGGUGCGGAGGCUGGGGUAG